ACUCCCCAUCCCCUGCACCACUCCUCGUCGCCAACCUAUGGUGCCCGAUGCCGCCCGAUUCCUGCACCCUCCGACGGCGCCCGACGCCCUCCCCUCCGCUCCAUCCUCCCCUUGGACAAGAUCCGGCAAGCACGUCCCACACAUCGACCGCGCCCUCCCACCCACACAUCGCCAUCGCCACCCACCGUCCCGUCUGACCUCACUGCCGCCACCCACCGCCCAGUCUGACCUCAUCGCUGUUCGCCGCUCCCAGUCUCUUCCCUCCCACACCCGCCGCCCCCUCCCUCUCCUCCUCCCAUCAGAAGAGAAGAGGGAUCUCGCGCGGAUCACACCAGGGCGUCGAUCUGGACUUCCUUCUGCACGAGGGGACGCGUGAAAGCAGGAGGGGCGGCCAUGGCGCUCGCAUCGGGCUCCGACAGCGGCGGAGGGGGGAGCGACUUCUCCGUGAGGGUGAUAGGCUCCAACUUCGCAGUGGACGCCGGCGCGGCGUUCCUCGCCUCCCCUACCGACCGCGAGGUGUGGCACGACUGCGUCCCCGACCUCGACGACGACUUCUCCAACCUCGAGGAGCUCCAGGUGGUCCGCGUGCAGGGCGCGGACAGAUCCGGCCGGCCCGUCAUCCGGGUCGUCGGCAAGUUCUUCCCCAGUGUCGUGCCGGCGACCGGGUUCGGAGCGCUCAGAUCGAAGGUGGCCGAGCACUGGUACGAGGUCUACAAGAUGGACAAGCAGGGGGCCAACCUCUGGUUCAUCUACUGGUGGGAGGACAAGUUGCAGCAACCAUGUGCUUCGAUGCGCGGCGCUUCGUCGAACUGGCUGGACCGCGGCAAUCCCCGGAGCUGGAGCGGGAGGAGGCGACGAGAUGCUGCUGCUGCGGUUGCGUCCUCGGAGGCAGCUGUUGCCCCUAGCCGACCUCACCAACCUCCGGCGUCUGCCAUGAACUCCGCGCAUGACCCCUUCUACAUCGUCCGGGAGGAGAUCCAGGGCUUGGUUUUAGCGAUCAGCCGUAGCUCUUUCAUCCAAGGUGCAUGGUGCAACCGAGGACAAGCACUUCAUGUCCAACCAAGGUGCAUGGUGCUUGCAAUUGACGAAUAGGAGGUCUAUGAAAUUUGAAGUUCAAAGCCGGAUAGCCCUACUUAGCAAAGAGUCGUCUCUUUUGUUUG